AUGGAUGACCUGGAGUCGCUGGAGCUGCUCUCACUCGUGUCGCGAGUCACGAACGAGCUCCAGAACCACCUGGGCAUUAACGACAAAACUCUUGCUGAAUUCGUUAUCAAUCAGCACCUCCAAUGCAAUGGCGUGUUUCCGGUUUUCAAGAAGGGCCUCGACGAGAUGGGCGCCGAGUUCCCACAAAGUCUGAUGGAGAGUAUCGAUCGCCUAGUUCUUACAAUGCACCCGCAAUACAAGAAGAAAAAGCCGAGCAAUGGCGCAAGCGCACAAAAUGGCGAUGGGAUGGACGGAUUGGACGAAUUCGACGCGCUGGAGAAGAAGGCACGUGUGUUCAAGGGUCUUGCAGUUCCGGACGCUGAAAAGCCAUGGGAGGAAAAGGAUUACCUUGACAACGAUGCUGGAGCUGGAGCUGAUGCUAUGGAUGACACAUUUGCCAUGCUCGAGGGAUUGGCCGGGAAGUCAGAGGAGAAGCCACAUGCCUCGGGUCGUGAUCGUGACCGCGAUCGUGAUCAUGGCCACAAGCGGAGUCGCAGCCCUGAAUACGAUGAUCGCCGCGGACGCCGACACAGAGACAAAUACCGCUCGAGAUCUAGGUCACGAAGUGCGCGCCGAAGCAAAAACGAUGACUAUGUCGACGAAUUUGGAAGAUCCAUGGGCAGAUACAACGACCGCGAGGACGACCGCAACGGGAAAAGUGAUCGCCGGAGACGACGAGACCGCGAUCUUGAUGAAAAACCCGUUGAGCUCGACGACCAGCCGCAACUUUUCAAAAUUUAUGACGGAACUGUUACUGGUGUUAAGGACUUUGGUGCCUUUGUGAAUUUACAGGGCGUCAAAGGAAAGGUAGACGGUCUGGUCCAUGUUUCAGCUAUGCAGGAAGGGCGAGUCAACCACCCAUCAGACCUUGUCUCCCGUGGGCAGCCAGUCAAGGUCAAAGUCUUGACCAUUGAAGGCUCUCGCAUUGGCCUGUCAAUGAAAGAGGUUGACCAGGUCACUGGAAUGGAUGUUGUUCCUCAACGACGUUUGGCCUCUGGUGCGAACAUGCAGCGCCUGGAUGGUGACAGGUAUGGAGGCCUCAGCUCUGAUGUGCCCGUCAUUGAGGAGUCAAAUGGGCGACCAGUACGCAACCGUAAGCGUAUGACUUCACCUGAACGGUGGGAGAUUCGCCAGCUGAUUGCGUCUGGCGUGGCCUCCGCUGCUGAUUAUCCCGACCUGGAAGAGGAUUACCAUGCUACUCUUACCGGUGAAGGGACCUUCCAAGAAGAAGAAGAUGUCGAUAUUGAAAUCAGGGAUGAAGAGCCUCCUUUCCUGGCUGGUCAGACCAAACAGUCAUUGGAGCUUUCCCCUAUUCGAGUCGUCAAGGCUCCAGAUGGAUCGAUGAAUCGAGCCGCCAUGUCUGGUGCGAAUAUUGCAAAGGAGAGGCGUGAGCUAAAGCAGCAGGAAGCGCAGGAGAAGGCCGCCCAGCGUUCUGCCGAUGUGGACCUAACAGCGCAAUGGCUGGACCCUAUGGCUGAAGAUCGACAAUUUGCUUCAGAAGUACGUGGAAAAACGAAACAGGAUGAAGCUAUCCCCGAAUGGAAGCAGGCCUCAAUGGGUACAGGCAAAGCGCCCCCUUCACUCGGCAAGCGAAGUGAUUUGCCUAUGAAACAGCAGCGUGAAAGCCUGCCUGUGUUCAAGUUCCGAAAGCCAUUGCUUGACGCUGUCGAAGCCAAUCAGAUUCUUAUUGUUGUAGGCGAUACUGGAUCAGGAAAGACUACCCAAGUGACGCAAUAUCUUGCUGAGGCUGGGUACGGAAACAAGGGAAUGAUCGGUUGCACUCAGCCACGUCGUGUGGCCGCCAUGUCUGUCGCGAAGCGUGUUUCUGAGGAAGUUGGCUGCCGGCUUGGUGCUCAAGUCGGUUAUACCAUUCGUUUCGAAGACAUGACUAGCCCAGAGACCGUGAUCAAAUAUCAGACCGAUGGUAUGCUUCAGAGAGAGAUUUUAAUCGAUCCCGAUCUGAAGAAAUACUCUGUUAUCAUGUUGGACGAAGCUCACGAGCGAACAAUUGCGACUGAUAUCCUGUUCGGAGAAAUUCUCUACAUACUUCAAUGGUUGCCCUAUCUUCUCGAUCCCUGGUCGAACAUACCUGUGGAGAUUAUGUACUCGAAGGAGCCUGAAUCCGACUACCUUGACGCGGCUUUGAUCACAGUCAUGCAGAUUCAUUUGACAGAAGCAGCUGGUGAUAUUCUUGUUUUUCUCACGGGUCAGGAAGAAAUUGAUACGGCUUGUGAAAUUCUCUUUGAGAGAAUGAAAGCGCUAGGCCCAUCAGUCCCUGAUUUAAUCGUCCUCCCCAUGUAUUCUGCCCUCCCCAGUGAGAUUCAAAGUCGAAUUUUCGAGCCCGCACCACCAGGUGCGCGAAAGGUCAUUAUUGCAACCAACAUCGCCGAAACUUCAAUUACAGUUGAUAACAUCUACUAUGUGAUUGACCCCGGAUUUGUGAAGCAAAAUGCAUAUGAUCCCAAGCUGGGUAUGGAUUCACUUGUUGUGACUCCCGUAUCUCAGGCCCAGGCCAAGCAGCGCGCCGGUCGUGCUGGACGAACAGGUCCUGGAAAGUGUUUCCGACUAUAUACUGAAGCCGCCUAUCAAUCUGAAAUGUUACCUACGACCAUUCCUGAUAUUCAGAGACAGAACAUUUCUCACACUAUCCUUAUGUUGAAGGCGAUGGGUAUCAACGAUCUACUCCACUUCGAUUUCAUGGACCCUCCACCUACGAAUACCAUGCUUACCGCUCUGGAGGAAUUAUAUGCCCUCUCAGCACUUGAUGAUGAAGGUCUUCUUACUCGCCUAGGCCGAAAAAUGGCCGAUUUCCCCAUGGAACCCGGUCUUGCGAAGGUCGUCAUUGCAUCUGUGGACAUCGGCUGCUCAGAUGAGAUGUUGUCAAUUGUUGCAAUGCUGUCUAUUGCGUCUCCUUUCUACCGACCUAAAGAGAAGCAGCAACAAGCCGACCAGAAGAAAGCGAAAUUCCAUGACCCAACAGGUGAUCAUUUGACCCUCUUGAACGUCUAUAAUGCAUGGAAGCAAUCCAACUUCAACAACGCCUGGUGCUUUGAGAAUUUCAUUCAAGCUCGACAAAUUCGACGUGCGGAAGAUGUCCGCAAGCAACUUCUGAGUAUCAUGCAAAGACACAAGCACAGAAUCGUCUCCUGUGGUCGAGACACAACGAAGGUCAGACAAGCACUCUGCACCGGAUUCUUCCGAAACGCAGCUCGUAAAGAUCAAGAAGGUGGCUACAAGACUCUUGUCGAAGGUACACCUGUCUAUCUUCACCCGUCAUCUGCGCUAUUUGGCAAGGCUUCUGAGCAUGUUAUCUACCACGAACUUGUCUUAACAGCUAAGGAGUAUAUGCGGAUUACUUCUUCGAUUGAACCGAAAUGGCUUGUUGAGGCUGCUCCUACGUUCUUCAAGGUUGCGCCCACAGAUCGUUUAUCCAAGCGGAAGAAGGCAGAGCGUAUCCAGCCUCUACAUAAUCGCUUUGCUGGUGAAGAUGAUUGGCGUCUUUCUGCUCAGCGUCGUGGUGGAAGAGGUGGUGGUGGUGGUACUUGGGGUUAA